AUGGACGGGCCGAGUGUGACCCAGCCGUCCGCAUCGCCGUCCUCGUCGGCGCCGACCCCCGAUCUCCCUGCCGAACGGUACAGAUCUGACCGCCCCUUGCAUGAACCUCCAUCUGAUCCUGGCACUUCAGACCUGCCUGCUCUAGCUCGUUUCGAGUUUCAGGCGGGCAGGGGCAAUGAUGGCACAAAGAUACUCAUGGUGGAAUGGAAUGCCUCCUCAGGCCCGCAGUCAUUGCUGUCUGCUUCGGGGACCUGGCAAGUUUCGUGGGAAGGCAAAACAAGUCAUGUGCCGGUCGAAGACGAGGAGACGGGGAAGAAGAAGCGUAUUUAUUUCCUGCUGCCGCCAGGGGCAGCCGUCCCCUCGGUCAUUACCAUCGCGCACCCAGAUGGAACUGCUUUCACCACCAAGUCACUGCCGGCUCUCUUCCCUCCAGGCCUAGGUGCUGGAAACUCAGUGAUUGGGGCAAGAGGCAUAUUGCAUACUAUCUGGGCCAAGAAGAGACUUGCCGAGCUGGAGGACGAAAUUGUUUCUGAAAUGAAGACAAAUUCAGAAGGCAUUGGGCUAGAGAUAGCCUACCAAGAGCGCCAGUGGAUCGUUGAACAAUUUGGUGUGAACCUCAAAGUCAACAUGGGUGUCAGUGGCAGUACCCCGGCGGUUGCACCUGCACCCCGGGCUCCGUCUAGUUCUAUGUCGCCAAAGUCACCUAUUGGAGGGAAGGUCGGUCAGAAGCUCAAGGGACUAAAGCUGGCAACAUCGGCGGCGGACCUGGUGGUUGGCCGAGCUGCAGUUUCCUCCUUUCCGACCUUUGCACGGCAGGGCCAUUCCAAGGUUCGUGGCGAUGCUGCCGCCUCGCUGGAUGCUGUACUGGUUAACAACGAAGCCUACGUGGAGGGGAACGAGUACGACCAAGAAGAAGAUCUCUUUGCACUUCCUAUGAGCCCCCGCAGCCCCGACAUGGGACGAAGUCCAUUCAGCCUCGAGUAG